GGCGGCUCCACCUCGGGCCCGUCCGGCCUCCUCGCCGCCCCUCCCCGGGGCUGGUUUCCGGUGAGCGGAGCCAGCCGGGCAGGGCUCCGCCCUCCGGUUCCCGAGCGGCGCCGGCUGCGGCAGGGAGCCCAGCGGGAGCGGCACCAUCCAGCUCCAGGACUAGUUGGCUGCCAUGCUAAUGUUGCUUGUGUUUGGAGUGCUGCUUCAAGAAAUCCUAGCUAAUGCCCAAGAUGAAAAUCUUACUGAAAUCAAAAACAUUCAAGAAGUGCCAUUAUAUAGCUACAAAAGUAUCAAUGUACCAGAAGAGCAUAUUCCAUACUUUCUGCACAACAAUCGGCAUAUUGCCACAGUCUGUAAGCAGGACUCUCAUUGCCCAUAUAAAAAAUACUUGAAGAAUCUAAAAUCCUGCUGGGGCUAUGAGCGAUCCUGCAAGCCAGAAUUCAGGUUUGGUUACCCGGUGUGUGAUUAUGUUGAAACGGGAUGGGCCAAUGACAUUGAGACAGCUCAGCAGAUAUUCUGGAAACAAGCUGACUUUGGUUAUGUUAAAGAGAGGCUGGAUGAAAUGAAAACCCACUGCAAGCCUAUAGCAAAGGGUGAUUCAUCUCUGGCCUGCUCACAGUACCUCCAGCAUUGUAGAGCGACAAACUUGUACAUUGAUUUAAGAACCACAAAGCGAAACCAUGACAGAUUCAAGGAAGACUUUCUCCAGAAAGGAGAGAUCGGAGGUCAUUGUAACUUUGACAGUCAAGCCUUCUUGGCGGAAGGUCAGCGCAAGAGCCCUCUGCAGUCUUGGUUUGCCGAACUCCAGACAUAUACUCCACUAAGCUUCAGACCCAUAGAAGAUGGCAAAUGUGACAUUAUUAUUGAAAAGCCAACUUACUUCAUGAAAUUAGAUGCAGGUGUUAAUAUGUAUCAUCACUUCUGUGACUUUGUCAAUCUUUAUAUCACUCAGCAUAUUAACAAUUCGUUCAGCACAGAUGUCAACAUUGUCAUGUGGGACACUAGCUCGUAUGGCUAUGGUGAUUUGUUCAGUGAGACCUGGAAGGCAUUUACUGACUAUCACAUAAUACACUUGAAAACAUAUGACUCUAAAAGGGUAUGCUUUAAAGAAGCAGUGUUUUCAUUAUUGCCUCGAAUGCGAUAUGGCUUAUUUUACAAUACACCACUGAUCUCUGGCUGUCAUGGUACAGGAUUAUUUAGAGCAUUUUCCCAGCAUGUGUUACACAGAUUAAAUAUCACACAAGAAGGACCCAAGGAUGGAAAAAUUCAUGUCACAAUACUUGAACGCAGUACAAACUACCGGAAAAUAUUGAACCAGAAUGAGCUUGUGAAUGCUUUGAAAACAGUAUCGGCGUUUGAGGUCAAAGUAGUAGAUUACAAGUACAAGGACCUUGAAUUUUCAGAGCAAUUGAAAAUCACACAUAACUCUGAUAUAUUCAUUGGAAUGCAUGGAGCUGGACUUACCCAUUUACUCUUUCUGCCAGACUGGGCUGUUGUCUUUGAACUAUACAACUGUGAGGAUGAACGCUGCUACCUAGAUUUAGCAAGGCUGCGAGGCAUCCGUUACAUUACCUGGCAAAAAAAGAACAAAGUGUUCCCUCAAGAUCAGGGACACCACCCAACACUGGGAGAACAUCCAAAGUUUACUAACUACUCAUUUGAUGUGGAAGAAUUUAUGUACCUUGUGCUUUUGGCUGCCGAUCAUGUGUCACAACAUUCCAAGUGGCCGUUUAGGGUAAAACAUGAUGAAUUCUAGGCCAAAUUUCAGGUUUAAAGAUGAUUUUAAGCAACAUUUCAUUAAAAUGUGUUAAAAUAGAUAAAAAUCCAUGCUGGUAUAAAACUUACAAACUUCUAGGAGGAAAAAAAUCCCCCUAUUAAAAACACUCCCAUAGCUUUUUACUGUAUUUUCAUAUUCUCUCUUCAGUUCUAAAUUUUAUUCUAGGAGUCUUUUGUUGGUGACUUCUAUUUAUCAAGAUUAUUUUUUGCACUAGUUGUUUGCAUUGCUAAUUCUCACUACUUGACGUUUUUGUAUAAAGAUUUGUCCAUCCAUUUCAUGUUGUAUUUGUCUCAUGUAUGAAUUGUCCUCUUGUAGCAAGCUGUGCACAAUUGGAGAGAGGAGAGGUGGGUUGUGUGGGGUGUGGAAGGAUUAAUACAGAACUAUUUCUCAAGUUGGUCAUGGUAUGAAUGACAUAUGUAUUGAAGUGUAAUAAGGGAAACAGUUCUCCCGUCCCUCCUCUAGUAUUUGGUCUUGAAGCUUCUAUGCUGCAGUACUGUACGUGCAAAUAAAAUAUCUGGGUUUUUAAGAUAAAAACCUAAACCUUCCAAAGUUAGCAAUAGUGUGUGUUAAUCCUGUGGCUCUCCGCACUCCUCCAAAAAUUACAAUUAUAAAAAGCACCAGCUCUGACAAAGGUCCCUGUUUGGGUUAGGUCAGGUCUUAUGUAAGAAAUCUUUCUUAAUCAUAUAUUGAGGUAGUUCAGAUAAUUCCAGGUAUUUCUAAUUUUUUCACAAACGCAUCUCUUCUGUGGCAGAAAACUUGAUAGUCUAAACAGUAUUAUAUAUACUCUCUUUGAGAAGGUUUAAAGGAAUUGACUGCUUUUUCUGGCAAAAAUGAUUGGAUGAUGUAGGCCUCUCAACUAAAUUGAGAACUAACUAAAUCAUGAAAGGAACAUUGUUGUUCUAGGCAAUAAAAGCCUGAUCCCCAGGGGGACUGACUUCAAUAGGAUCAGGGCCCGUGAAUGGGCGUUUCAAAAGUGCUCUGUUUUGAUCUAACUCAGCUCCCAUUAAAGUCAGUCGGAGAUUUGCCAUUGACUUCAGCGAAGGCAGAGUUAGGCCCGUGCUGAGUAUGUUCGAAAAUUCCACUCUAAGGGUGAAAUCCUGACCCUGUUGAAUUCAGUGGGAACCCUCUCAUUGACUUCAGUAACGCCAGGAUGAUGUGUAAAAGACUCGUAUAAAUAUCUGAAGAUUGAGUUCAAGAAGACGAAGGGCAGAGUUCCAUGUUAUAUAUACUGUGGAUUUUUGAGAAUGAAUUCCAUGACAUUCCUGCAUUAUAAUGGUACAGUGUCUCAGUUGCCUGAGGCAGAAGAUAUAUUUGUAUGCAAAAGCAAGAACGUAUUACGUUAAGUGUAAACACUUGAGUGGUAUAAUUUUAGAUAUUAUUGACUUCCAUUCUGUAACAAUCAUAGUCAAUUUCACAGAGUGUAGGCAUAUUUACUGUCCUGCCUAUAAUGGUAAAGAUAAAUUACUGUAAGUAUAACUUGCCUAUAGAUCUCUCAUGACCUUAAACAGUGUAUAGGAGAGCUAGAGAUCUAAACCAGAAUGCAUUAAGAUAUUUGGUUCAGUUCUUCGAGUAGGAUAUUGGGGAACUGACAGAUAAAGCUGUUUCACUUUAAAGGAACUGUAUAAGCAAAAUUGCACUUCUUGACAUGAAAAAAAUGCCUUUUAAAAUACAAAUAUCUGAGAAAGAGUUCUUGCAUUUGUGUGUUACCUCAUUUUUUUUCAAAAAAGAAAAAUGUAUAAGAAAUAUAAGCUAGUAAAUGUGUACUGAAAAUUUAAAAUAUUGUAAGACUAAGAAAAACAUUAACUAUGAAAUGUGCACAGAUAUAUUUGAUAAAGCCAUAAUUUUAUAUAAAAAGCACAAUGCAUUGCAAAAAGAAAGAAUCGCUAUUUUGCCUGGGCUUGAGGAGGAGGUAUUUCGUGUGUCUAGCUGUCUAUAUAGUGCCUUUUCUUAUUGUGACAAAGGCCAGGUGACUUGCUGAGCUCUGCCAUGAUUGGCGAAUUUCAAUAUCUGGUUGUGUCUACACCUAAGUGUUGAAGGGUUGAUUGAUUGUAUACUAAUGUGGUUCUGGGUGAAUUAAUAAAUUGUUGGUUGUCAAGAA